AUGAUUCCUCGUGUCCUUCCGGGUCUGGCUUCCCGUCGUUUAUUCUCUGUUUCCACUAGGAUGGCUACCAUGACACCGUUGGAGGAUGCGAUGCGCGACAAGCUUGCACACGUAUUCACACCCUCGACCCUUGUUAUUCGGAACGAUUCUCAUAAACAUGCGCACCAUGCUGCCAUGGAGGGCUCCACAUCAAAGGAGACUCAUUUCCACGUGACAAUUGUUUCCGACGCCUUCGAAUCUAAGAUGCAGCCCGCGAGACACCGCAUGGUCUACGCUUUGUUUAAAGAAGAGAUGGCUCGGGAGGGCGGACUCCAUGCGCUGCAAUUGAAGACGAAAACCCCGGCCGAGGAACAACGCGAGAAGGAGCGCACAGAGAAGGCAUGA